CAAGACUGCCUUAUAUGUCUGCCCUCAGACAGAUGCUGCUGCAGAUCUCGGUGGCCUCCUUGAGCUCUGGACCACACGCCCUGGGAACGGCAGGUUGACACCUGUUUGGCAGCAACCUCAGAAGCUUCACGAGGUUCCAGAGACACAGGCAUGGCCAAGGAGCUGUCUCAAGAGCAGGUGGCCUCAUUCAAGGCAGCCUUUGACAAGGCUGACUUGAAUAAAGAUGGAAAGAUCAGCAUCCAAGAGCUGCGUGAGUUGGUGAAGAAGCUGGGCAAAAAGGUCUCAGAGGAAGAGCUGGAACUAGUCAUGCAGGCUGUGGACAAGGACGGUGACGGUAGCAUCAGCUUUGAGGAGUUCCUGGAUGUGAUGAAAACGCAGAUGAAGUCCCUGGGCAAUGAGGAGAUGCGGGCCGCCUUCCAUGCCUUUGACGUGAAUGGUGACGGCCACAUCAGUGUGGAAGAGCUCAAACAGACCAUGGCCAAGCUGGGGGAGCAUCUCUCUCAGGACGAGCUGGACGCCAUGAUCCAGCUGGCGGAUGUGGACAAGGAUGGGAAGGUGAACUAUGAGGAGUUCAUGCGGAUCAUCAGCCAGAAGUGAGGCUUUACCCUGUCCCUGUCUGCCUGACUGGGCUGCAGGUUCCGGGGCCUCCUCAGGGACCUUGCUUUUGUGGUGGGGCUAUCAGUGGAAAUUCUAGAUUGGUGGAUAGGAAGUUACCUCAUGGAUGAGGAAGACUUUGUUCUCUGGGGCCUGGAAGAUGGGUGGUCUGGGGCUGCUAAAGAGCCCCUCUCUGCCUACUGAUUCCCUGGGUGAAAGGAAGCCUCUUUGGUCUGGUCCCUCCUCCUUUUCCUACAGUGUAAUGGGCGUUCCCUACCUCACAGGGCUGUUGUGAUGAUCUAAAUAAAAGGAAUGCAAAGCCCAG